AUGCCUUCAUCUGAGCAAGCUCCAGUGCAGUUUGACCUCCUUGGUCCUUCAUGGAUGGACAGCAUUGUCUCAUCCGCCAAGACCGAUUCUCGUGUCAAGCCGUAUCAGGCUGCCGUAGAGCAUGAAGAGUAUCAGAAGGUUGCCUGCGAGAAGAAGAAAAUCGACAACUCGGAAGGAAAGUCUGGUAGCAGAUUCAUGAAGAUCUAG